UCUUUCUUCUAAUACCACCCUUCUCUAACCGGUCAUUCCAACCAUUCUAUCUACAUACUCCUACCUACCUACCUACAACCUAUCAAUCUACUCCCUGCAUCAGAUUAUCACAAUGUCGAAAAGCCGCGCCCCUCUCUACGGUGGUCUCGCUGCGUUUGCGGGAAUUGGGUACUACCUUUACCAAGCUGGUGGGGAUGCAAAUAAGGCCGGGGAUAAGAUCCGAGUCGACGUAGAAAAAGCACGACACCAGCUCCCUCAUUCGGAGAAGUCGGCAGAGAAAGCCGGUGCUGAACUGGGCUCGAACGUGGAUAAGGCGGCAAAAGAGGCCCGCGCCAGAGCAACCACAGACGCCCAGGAGGGAAUCCACAAACUGGAUGAGAUGCGCCACGACGCGACGGCUAAGACCCGGGAGGGGAUCGAUCAGCUGGAUAAGACGGUUGAGGAGAAGGCGGCUGAGGCGAAGGGGAAGGUGUCGGGGUGGUUUGGAAAAUAGGUUGUCAUUGUCAUGAAUAUCAUCGGAAUUGCCCAGGUAGUAUGUAGUAUGGUCUGCCGGUGCAUUUGAGAUGGUGGUGUACUGCUGCUACUAUUAAGAUAAUUGUUCAUUGUGGGCGCAGAUUGCUUGCUCUAUUUUAUUUUAUUUUAUUUUACUUUACUUUUGAUGUUGUAUGUGUACUGUAUAUUCAAUUAUGAUGUCUGAUGAACUGGUUGCUGGAUGGUAGAAUAAUAGGCGUUGUAGUAUCUACGGAGA